AUGUUAAACUAUCAGGAGAAGGCGCGGAGCUACGACAAAAUUAGGCAAUGGAGGAGGAGGAGGAGGAAAAUCUGCAAGUGGAACACAAGGGGUUCCAGGAACCACCGCUGCGCCACCAGCAGCAAGCAACAAAGGUCUACAAACAAGCGGUACCACUGGAGGAACGAGAAGCACCACACGGGGAACAUCGGGAGGCCGCACAGGAGGCACUACAAAGGCCACAACAUGAAGCAGUUCAGGAAGCAUGAAAGGAGGAACAACAAGAACCACUACACGAGGCACAACAAAAGUCAUUACAAGGAGACCUUCAGGAGCCAUCACAGAAAGCCCAACCCAGAGCACCACUAAAAUAUCAAC